AUGAUCCCCUUUCUUGCUGCUCUUGUCCUCCUUGUUGGAGCGAUAGCGCCAGCCCUCGCUCACUCCCAGUCUCAGCUUCGAUCCCUACCCGAUGACGAUACCUCUCAAUACUGUGUCUUCACGCUUGCCUCCAAUAACUUGAUCCUCGGUCAGAUUGAAGGCGGUCAAGUGGUUGGAAUCUCCCAGUCCGCGGCCGAAUCUAAGUCCAACUCGAGCUCGGGAGGCGGUGGGGACGGCAGCUCGGGGACCAUCUUUUUCCUAAGGGGUGAGGGACUUUACGAUUUUGCCAUGAGAGGGUGCUGGUGGCCGGAGCCAUCCACCGUCCUCGUCUGUUCCCUCCAGCCGCCCGCCUACCCGGACCCGCUCUUCCAUCUUGACGAGAGCGGCCAGCUCGUCUACAACCAUACCCGACGCGAGUUCUGGGCGUGUCCCGUUGCCACGGGCGAUGCCGACGACAAUACACACAUAUGGUCCUACUACCUCAACCUGCCAGAGGGCCGACAAGCUGGUGCCCAUGGAGAAGAGUGUCUCUUCUGGGUCACCUUCUGUAUCUUCGUCUUCUUCCUCUGUUUCCUUUCCCUUCUCUUCUGUGUCUCCCUCCUCACAUGCCUCAACCCGAGCUACUCCAAUCUCGCUGUCAGCAUCAAGGUCACCACCAUCCCCAUCAUCCUUGACACAGUCUUUAACCAACACUAG